AUGUCAUCUCUAGCUUGUUUCUGGGCUCUCUUAUCUCUAAGAGAUCUGACAUUCGUCUACAUAUCGCCUUCACUACGCAAAACCCUUGGAGUAGAGUAUGAAGCUGUGUUGGGUACAUCUUUCUUCGAGUACUUCCACCCAGAUGAAGAAGAAUUUGCGCGUCAUGAUUUGUCAGAGUUUGUAAAGAAAGAUUCUAUAUGCGGUUCGGUUACAAGAUGCCAAUACAACAGCGUUCUAGCCAUCCGUGCCAAAGCUCAGUCUCGCAUAUACGCAGCUCGCAGGAAUUCACCAGUUCAUGCCCACCACGCCCAGCCAUCAUCUCCUAACACCUUACCAAUCGAGAACAGAUAUGUCAUAAUGAACGUUGGAAUGGAUAUUGUCACUCAAGAUAUUGUGCUUGCUCGUUUUCAUGCUGAUGAAGGUUCCCAAGCUGAAAAUGGUAUGAAGUCAAAUACUUGCGGUGAAUCGGAAUUUACAAAAGAGGAACUGACUAGGCUAACCACGUUGCUUCGUAACCACGUGACCUCGGAGUCGAUUAACAUACAAUCUCCCCCGGCAACACCACAAUCACUUCCACCCCAUCCAGUAAUGAGCGUACCAAGGCGCAUCUUUCAAAUACUCGAUACUCGCACAAGAAACCUCAUAUUCACUUGGCCAGAUCCGCACGCAUACAACAAAGAGGAAUUUUCUAAACUCAUCCAAGGUGUUGCAAUGCAACCAUCAACAACUUCCACAUCUCCGGCCUGUAUAUGUCCCUAUUCAAACAAUCAUGUACUCUCACUUGCAUCUGGAAUGUUUCUUCGGGUGGAUAGCGUGAUGAUCCAUUACGGAGAAAUUAUCUUCGCUUCCUUUAAAAUUCUUCCCUCAUCACCUGCGGUACUUUCAAUAGACAAUCCUAGGCAACCAUCAUAUUCAGCCCCUUGUUCACCACUCCCAGCAGUUUAUACUGGGAAACGUCCUCGAACUGAAAACUCGUCUCCGGCUUAUGGUCCGCAGAUGCCAGUUCCAUCUUUGUCAUUUCUAUCGAGAGGAAGAUCCCACGAACAUACAGGCGACACAGAGUUGUAUGAGGGUGAAUCAAAACGUCGUGCAGUAGAAAGAAGACAAGGGUUAACAACGCCGCAAUUCUUGUCUCCGCAUGAAUCUCCCCAAAUGAGUCCGCAUCAGAUUUAUGGACAAUAUCCAUUCCCUAGUUUUCCUAAUAUAACGACUAUAGAUAUUAAUACAUCACCACCGCCACAACCGUCAUCCCUAGGACAUACUCACCAACAAAUUCUACCAGCAUCACAAUCGCCAUCUCAUUCCUCUCAACCGCCCCAAUCUUCACGAUACGUACAAUCAUUAGAUCGUGGAUAUGCUCUCCAACCAUUCAAUAGCUCCUCAUCACCUCCAGUUCGCCCUUACCAGCUUCCAAGCACGAACUCGGCUAUACGUUCUAAUCAUCGUGUACCAGAUGGAGUAAGGGAAUGUGAAAGAUGCCAUACAACGAAUAGUCCGGAAUGGCGUCGUGGGCCUACUGGUCAUAAGACUCUCUGCAACGCAUGUGGAUUGCGCUACUCUCGCAAAAUUGCUCGAGAUAAACGUCGCGAACAAGCACACCGAGAGGAGCAGCAGCGUGAAAGAAGAGAGAUGGAGAAUGUUAAUGUAAACGUUCUUCUACGCCACAAUAAUCAAACCGAACCUUAUCCUUCCAUGAAUGUCGCCCACAAUCAAAUACACGCUCGUCAUGUUCCACCUUCGCUUUCUCAACAUUCAUCCCAUUCCCACCAUCGUCCUUCGCUACAACACCGUCAAACUUCGGUUACGCAUCAUUCACCUUAUCCUCCGCCCGGACCGCUCUCUCAAUACAAUCAACUGGUAUUGCCAUCCUUAGGUCCACCUGCACGCAUGGGGGCAACCGAGUCUGUUGGUAACCUACCACAAAACGAAAUGAAUAUGAAUCAUUCUCGGCCACCUGUAUAUUAUCGAAGAGAGGCCUGA